AUAGUUUAGUUGGUCGGCGGCAGACAGCGGCGCGCGCGCAUUACAACCGCUCCUCUAGUCGCGUUCGUUGUGCCUCGAUCUCCGCUAUCUCGAGUGGUGUAGUUGUUAUCAUUAAGCAUCUAUGUUGUGCGUAUCCUAUAAACGGCUGGACAUUUGAGAUGCCGAAUUUUGAUGGAGAGUUUGCGAGUUGCAUGGACUGAGGAAUAUGAAGUGGCUAUGUCCUGUCAUCAUUUUUAGCUUCAUUAUUUUCGAAACUUUAACAGGAUACCAAACUGAAAACGAGGUGACAGCGCAACAUGAAGACCAAAUGAUUUAUUCCGAAGACAAUAACGAUUUAGGUUAUUUUGACAAACAUAACAAAGGGGUCUUCAUAUUCUUCGUGGGGUCGUUGGAGUCCGUGUCAGGACGGGCACAGGACCCGUCGACGGCACUGCUUGCGUCGUCAUAUAUGCGGCGACUCGCUUCGCAUAGAAAUCGCAAGCAAGUACGACAGCUGAAGGCUGAGGAUGUGCAGAGGAGGUUCCGUGGAUUCUCGCAGUGGAGCUCGUGGAGCGCUUGUUCUAGAAAAUGUACUACCGUCAGACGUAGAAAACCUUUGGUUGAAAAUGAAUUUCUUCCACAGGCACUGUUUACGACGUGCAAUAUGCGGUCGACAAGUAGUAAGGCAGUCAGCCUACUGCUACAUGGAAGGCAGUUACUGCCACCUUUGGAUUCGGAGCAGGAUGCAGAGGAGAAAGGACCCAGGGGGUCUGCGUCUGCGCGCCUUCGACAGCGCAUGCGCGAUAUGGUGCGCAUUAUUGGUGGACGACCCGCGCCACCCGGCAAGUGGGCCUGGCAAGUCGCUGUGCUCAACCGAUAUAAGGAAGCAUUUUGCGGCGGCACCCUCGUCUCACUCCGGUGGGUUGUAACGGCGGCACAUUGCGUGCGCAAACGCUUGUACGUGCGGUUGGGCGAGCACGACCUGCUACUCAGAAACCGCGGCGAGGUGGAGAUGAAGGUCACGGAAGCCGUCAUACAUCCUCGCUAUGACCCUGACACGGUCGUCAACGAUGUCGCUAUGUUACGAUUGCCGGAGCCUGCCCGGCCGGACUUAGGCCAUGGCGUAGCAUGUUUACCGGCACCUCAUCAACCAUUGCCACCCCAUACCUCCUGUGUCAUAUUAGGUUGGGGUAAGAAGAGGCCAACGGACGUCCAUGGGACCAGAAUAUUACAUGAAGCACAGGUGUCAACAAUACAACAGAGUGUGUGCCGCCGUUCAUACUGGCAGUAUGCUAUAACAGACGACAUGGUUUGCGCGGGACGAGGACGCAGAGACUCCUGCGCCGGGGAUUCAGGGGGACCACUACUCUGCAGGGAUCGCACCAUGAGAUAUUUCUUACAGGGCAAACUGGGUGCCGUUCAGCCGGGUAUCACGAGUUUCGGCGAUGGUUGCGGUAAGCGGGGCAAGUACGGAAUUUACACGCGGACCGCGGGCUACGUGUCGUGGAUGCGUGAUGUAAUGAACAAGAAGUAUUUCGACUGAAACCGCAAAAGGUUCGAAGCCCUUGUUUUUCGCAGUUGUGGUUACCAGGACCUAUUGGUUGUAUCAAUUUUUAUUCUUACCAUGUGAUGUUAAAACGCAUUCAACGUUUACUUUGGACUUCUUUGUAAUUCAUACGUAUGAGUGAAAUACACCCAAUGUUCCAAAGAAUCAAGUUCUGUACACUACAUAUCGGUCCUCACAAAUCUAUCUGUAUACAAACGUGAAAAAAUGAGAAGCAAGAUUUAUUGAGGAGUUCUAGAAUAAAUCUAUCAUAUCUGUGACAACUUUUAUUUAUGAAACAAGGACAGUCUGUACAUUUAUGCCUAUUUUCUCUCAUGACCUCAUUUGAAACGAAGGAAGUUCAAGGUUAAGUUCAUAACUUCACCUAAAAGGUCAAUUUAUGGCUCCGUGUAUUACCUAACAUUAUUGACGAUGGAUACAUUAUAAUAUAUUGGAAGCGAAUGUAUCCUAGUAAUGUAAUAGGUAGAAAUGUAACGUUAUCGAGUUUCGAUACAUACUAUUUGUCUUUAUGACUUCAUAUUAACGUAACAUAUCUAUUACUGAUAACAAUUUGAAAAUUAACUUCAUAAUACUUGAUCAUUACCGAAAGAUUUCUAUGAUUUUUAAGACCAUUAUCUCGAAUGUUUGUUUUUAUCUUCUCAUAGUUGGAACCAUGGGAAUUUGUAAUUUAAAAAGUUCAUUAAUUGUUAUAAAGAAUGUAUCAAGUUGCAUUUCUUCAGUCCUACAAUACCUAAAUACCAUAGAAACUUGUAUCUUUAAAAGACUUACACCCGGUUAAAAAGACUUACACCCGGUUUCUGAAAGGCUUGUCAACGCUAAAAUUAACUAAUCUCCUUUAAAUCUCUUGUCAAGUCAUCUGAUUGGUUGUUGAUUAUUCAGUCAACUUAUCAGAUGACUUGACAAGAGAUUCAAUUGAUUUUAACAUU